AUGAACCGCCGCAGCAUCUCCUUCUCCGAACCCACCCCCGUCCCGCGCCGCUCCAACAGCUACGCUACCUCCAUCUCCCGGAACUCGCGCAACCUCACCCGUCGCAUCUCCGGCCUCAGUACCAAUGAUCUCGAAGAAGCCGAAGUGCCCCUCGAUCCAGUAGAGCAUGCGGUAGCAGAAGAGAUCGCGGAGAUCAAGCGAUAUGAGGACUUUACGACCAUCGACUGGGUGCAAGAUGCGGCGCGAGAGAACUUGAGACGGAAAGCCAGACGCCAAGAGCGCGCGGGAUUCUUUGAUCAGAAGGGGAAGUUGGCGUGGAGGAGGACGGUGUGGGAGGCCUACGAUGCUGGACAAGGAUGGAUCGUGGUUACCCUGAUUGGGAUCGCUAUUGGAUUGAACGCAGCUUUCUUGAACAUAAUCACCGAGUGGCUGUCGGAUAUCAAGCUGGGAUACUGCACGACGGCUUUCUACCUCAAUGAGUCGUUCUGCUGCUGGGGCGCGGAGAGCGGGUGCGAUGAGUGGCAUGAAUGGAGUGGAUGGUGGGUGAUCAACUAUCUGCUGUACAUCGCCUUCAGCACGGCUUUUGCGUUUACGAGCGCGAGGUUGGUCAAGUCGUUCGCGCCGUAUGCGGCAGGCUCGGGCAUCAGCGAGAUCAAGUGCAUCAUUGCUGGUUUCGUGAUGAAGGGCUUCCUUGGAUUCUGGACACUGCUCAUCAAGUCAAUUGGACUACCACUGGCCAUUGCAUCUGGGCUGAGUGUUGGCAAAGAAGGACCAAGCGUUCAUUACGCGGUGUGUACCGGCAAUGUCAUCAGCCGGCUAUUUGGCAAAUACCGCCGCAAUGCUGCCAAAACGCGCGAGAUUCUGUCAGCAACCGCCGCUGCUGGUGUCGCUGUGGCCUUUGGCAGCCCCAUCGGAGGUGUGUUGUUCAGCUUGGAAGAGAUGAGCAACUACUUCCCGCUCAAGACGAUGUGGAGGAGCUACUACUGUUGCUUGGUGGCCACCGCAGUGCUGGCUGGCAUGAAUCCCUUCCGGACCGGACAGCUGGUGAUGUUCACUGUCCGCUACGACCGGGACUGGCACUACUUUGAAGUCAUCUUCUACAUCCUCAUCGGCAUUUUUGGCGGUCUGUAUGGCGCUUUUGUCAUGAAGUGGAAUCUUCGGGUGCAAGCGUUCCGGAAAAAGUACCUCUCCAAGUAUCCGAUUGUCGAGGCUAGCUUCCUUGCUUUGGCUACUGCGAUCAUCUGCUUCCCGAAUAUGUUCCUGCGAAUUGACAUGACGGAGAGCAUGGAGAUUCUGUUCCUCGAAUGCGAGGGCGGGCACGAUUACGACGAGCUCUGCGACAGGCAGAAUCGGGUACAGAUGAUCGUUACGUUACUUUUGGCGACAGUCAUCCGCAUAGCGCUGGUCAUCAUCUCUUAUGGCUGCAAAGUACCGGCUGGCAUCUUCGUGCCUUCAAUGGCUAUCGGAGCUUCUUUCGGACGAAUGGUCGGCAUCUUGGUGCAAGCGCUGCACGAGCGGUUCCCCGACGCUGCUUUCUUCGCAGCCUGCGAGCCGGACGUUCCAUGCAUCACUCCUGGAACGUAUGCCUUCCUGGGCGCGGGCGCGGCAUUGUCUGGAAUCAUGCAUCUCACGGUAUCGGUGGUCGUGAUUAUGUUCGAGCUCACAGGUGCUCUGACCUACAUCCUGCCCACUAUGAUCGUCGUCGGCAUCACCAAAGCCGUCUCUGAACGCUUCGGAAAGGGCGGCAUUGCUGACCGAAUGAUUUGGUUCAACGGUUUCCCAUUCCUGGACAACAAGGAGGAGCAUACCUUCGGCGUCCCUGUCUCACAGACCAUGACCGCGCAUCCCACCGCUCUGCCAGCCACUGGCCUCACCAUUCAAGACGUCGAGAAAGUGCUCACCGACUCCAAAUACCAAGGCUUCCCUAUCAUCGAAACUCCCGAGAGCACAGUUCUGAUUGGCUACAUCGGCCGCACAGAACUCCGCUACGCCCUCGACAGAGCUAAGCGCGACCAACUCGCGUCUCCUCACGCCAUAUGCAACUUCACCCCUCCUCCCAGCGGUGCUCCACGUGCCUCUAUCACCUCCGCCACCUUACCACCCAUUGACGUUGAGUCCUCAGAAGACACUACUGUCGACCUCUCCCGCUUCGUUGACCCGACACCGCUUUCCGUGCAUCCUCGACUCCCACUUGAGACUGUGAUGGAGGUCUUCAAGAAACUCGGCCCUCGCGUCAUUCUAAUCGAGCACAGGGGCCGGCUUAUGGGGCUGGUCACAGUGAAGGAUUGUCUGAAAUACCAAUUCCAAGUCGAGCAUGCGCACGAAGGGAGCCGGGAGGCUCUAGGGCGGAAAGAGAGGCAGGAGGAAAGGGUCUGGGACGUCAUGAAGCGAGCGGGUGGGUGGGUUGGCGGAAGGGUAAGGGGGUUAAGUGGAGGGCGAUUGAGGCUAGGCGAAGGAAGCCCUACGGCAGCGUCGCCGGCGGGAGGUAUUAACAGAGGAGAGCGCAGUCCAGGCUUGGAUGGAGAGGUUGAGUUGGAGGAUCGGAGGAAUGUUGUAUGA